CGUGCUAUCACCGGCUCGCUCUGGUGCUCCCAGAACCAUGUGCGCGCCGCCGCGUAUAUAGCCCGCCCGCCACUGCCACGACUCAGACACUCGCUUGGAGACCGCAAGUUGCGAACGCAUGACCCUUGUCAACCGCCACCGUCGGUGACGAAGGCUUCCGCCGCCACCUCCGAGAUGCCGUGCUUCAUGGCCAGCGAGAGUAGCGAGACCAGGCUGUCCACCUGGACCGUGCUGGGUGCCGGGGUCCUGACCUCACUGGCCGUGCUGGGCACGUACCUGACAGUGGCGGUGCACCCCGCCUUCCUGCCGCUGCUCAUCCUGCCGAUGUUCGGCUUGUGCCACGUCCUCGUCUACCCGAAGGAGGCCAAGAGAGGCUUCAUUGGGCCACCGGUCAUCCGCUACGCCAUGCCCCAGGAGUUCCGCUGCACCGUGCUGGUGGCCAAACCGCAGCCUGACUACAAGAGUAUCCCGGUGGAGAAGAACGUGCGGCCGCAGCCCACUGCUGCGCCCGUGCGACCGUCCACGAACUGCGCCGCCUACUGCGCACCCAUUGUACCAGCAUUCCAGGCUCCUCCACCGGUCAUCUCCGUUAUGUAGUGCGUCAAGUGACACGCUGGCUCGUGUGUUUGACGACUCCCACGGCGCACUGAUCCUGUGGUCUGCACUAAUAGCUAAUCGUGUGCAGCAGUAUCGUCAUCACUCAGCGGAACUUUCAGCGACAAGGGGGCGCGGCCUCAGUGCUUGCAUGGUGGGCGGCGUCCGAGUCUGUCGCCCCAGGUGAACUCCAGUUGCCCUCUCCUGCGUGGUGCCCACAUCCACUUGCUCCUUUCCACGCUUCUCGAGAGGCACACGUACCGUAUGUUGUGAUCCAUGUCAUACCAUUGCUUUGUAUAAAAUCUACACCCUGUAAAUAACUAUUUAUGAUGUAAAUAAAGCCACGCCGUGAUACAUCUUGGAACUAUACACGUAUAUA